CAUCCUGCGCUGAUUGGAGUCCUGCGUGAAGGCGAGGAGCUCAGAUGCCGCUGCUUUGCCUUCCCUGGAAAGAUGCAGGCUUGAGCUUUUUUUCCGAAGCGGUGGAGCGAAUGGAAGGUUUUUCUGUCUAAACGCUGAAGGGGACGACAAAAAAAAGAAGAAGAAGAAAAGCUUCGCGAAAGAGGAGGAAGAAGAGGGAAAAGCGACUGUAAACGCAUUCUCUGCCCUUUUCAUUUUGUGCUUUUGGCAAGUUCCGCGCUCGGGUCUGCCUCGUCGGUUGUUGCUGCAACAACCAGCCCCUAAUUCACUUUUGUUGGAGGAGCACGCCUCGAGUCGGGAGGCCCCGUUGAACUGCGCCGGGGAGUCUUCGGCUCCUGCAUUCCUAGCCUCUCAAGGAGGCGGAAGUUUUUUUCCCCUUCUUCUUCUUCCCCAAUUUGAAGAGGAAAGCUUCGCGAGAGAAUCAUGCAAGUCUCCAUAGCGUGCACGGAGCAUAACCUCAAGAACCGGAAUGGGGAAGACAGGAUGAUCAGCAAACAGAACUCCUCCGGUCCAAAUGCGGUCAAUGCGGCCAGAGCAAAAUUCCGGACAGUGGCGAUUAUCGCUCGCAGUUUGGGAACCUUUACCCCCCAACAUCACAUUUCCUUAAAAGAAUCCACUGCAAAACUGACAGGGAUGAAAUACAGAAACCUUGGGAAGUCUGGAUUAAGAGUUUCUUGUUUGGGACUGGGGACUUGGGUCACCUUUGGAGGUCAAGUUUCAGAUGAGGUGGCUGAGCAUCUAAUGACCAUUGCGUAUGAAAGUGGCGUGAAUCUCUUUGACACAGCAGAAGUAUAUGCAGCUGGAAAGGCUGAAAUUAUUUUGGGAAACAUUAUCAAAAAGAAAGGCUGGAGGAGAUCAAGUCUGGUCAUUACAACAAAGCUCUACUGGGGUGGAAAAGCUGAAACAGAAAGAGGACUUUCAAGGAAACACAUUAUUGAAGGAUUAAAAGCCUCUCUCCAGAGACUGCAGCUUGAAUAUGUGGAUGUGGUUUUUGCAAAUCGACCAGAUGGUAAUACUCCAAUGGAAGAGAUUGUCCGAGCAAUGACACAUGUGAUUGACCGGGGGAUGACAAUGUAUUGGGGGACUUCGCGCUGGAGUGCCAUGGAGAUUAUGGAAGCAUAUUCGGUAGCAAGACAGUUUAAUAUGAUACCACCAGUGUGUGAACAAGCAGAAUAUCACCUUUUCCAAAGAGACAAAGUUGAGGUUCAGUUGCCGGAAUUAUACCACAAGAUAGGAGUUGGAGCAAUGACUUGGUCUCCUCUUGCUUGUGGGAUUAUCUCAGGAAAAUAUGCCAGUGGUGUUCCUGAAGGAUCAAGGGCAUCCUUGAAGUGCUAUCAAUGGCUAAAGGAGAAAAUUGUGAACGAGGAAGGAAAAAAGCAACAAUCAAAACUGAAGGAACUUUUCCCAAUUGCUGAACGCCUUGGAUGUACACUACCUCAACUAGCAGUCGCAUGGUGUCUUCGUAAUGAAGGUGUGAGUUCUGUUCUCCUUGGAUCAUCCAAUGCCGAACAAUUGAUAGAAAAUCUUGGUGCCAUCCAGGUUCUUCCAAAGAUGACAACUCACAUUGUGAAUGAAAUUGAUAAUAUUUUGGGGAACAAACCUUUCUGCAAAAAGGACUACAGAUCCUAAUGUACUGCAUGAUUAAUCUGGACUGCAUGGCUAAACAACAGCUCUGCACACAGUAGUGUACUGAGUUGAUACUAUCCAGUUACAAUUAAAAAAAUAUUCUGCAAUUGUAAUUAACUAGAUCCUCCAAGAUGGUUAUGUUCCACCAAAAUUCAGUAACACAGCUGAUCUGUCUAAACUAAAUUGUCUUUCCUGUUUUUAAAAUAUAUCAAAUCUUAAGAGUUUGGAUUUAAUCUUGACUCAGAUCAAUUUGAUUCUAAUGAAAGAAUGAAAAAUGCAAAAAAAAAGCAGAAACAUUCAGUUCACUGGGGUUCGCGUAAGAUUUUCUUAACAGUCUAACCCCGCCGAGUCUUGUUUUUCCUCUCUUCCUAUUUAUGCAGUGAAAAUACAAAGAAUCAAAGAUUUCUAAGCCUUAGGUACUUGAAAAUAAAAAGGAUAUAUAGAUAUAUUUUUUCAAUAAAUGAAAAGCCAGGUACAGUUGAAAGCUUAGACAAUUUCAGGGAUUUAGAUUCGUCAAGCUCUCUUAACAAUAGGUAAGUUCAAAGUUUUGCCAUUUGCAUUUUUAAAUAGAAUUGAUUUCUAGAUAAACUGUUCGGUUUGGGUUUGGGCUGAAAGGUUUACUGUUUAAAGACAGAAACAACAUUGAGGAAUUGGAGAUUGGUAUCUAUGUCUAUCAUCCAUUUUUUUCUUUAAAAAAAAUGUAUCUGUUCCAGCCAAGCACUUAUAAGCAAGAUUCAGACUGUAAACCUGCAGGCAGGACUAACUUGUUUUUAUCGAUCAUAUAUAAGCCAUUCUAGCAUUCUGAGAACUUUGCUUGAAGCACAAUGCAAGAAUGCUUUAAGAAAGAAUGCUUGGAAUUGCUAUACAAUCCCAUUGAAAUAACGCGAUUUUAAUGUGAUUUUGGCUGCAUUGUAAUGCAUUGUUUUUAAAAAGCCAAAUUGCUUUCUGAAGUGUAAGUACUGAAAUAAAUAGAUACCAUGGUGAUUACUGUAAGAUGAAGAACACUUAGCCGGUGAAAUAAAGAGAAAAAAUGAUUGUUCCUACAGAAAUGGAAUUUGAAAUGCUGUAGUUAACUGCUCUUUUACUAAAAUCUUUUUGGCAAUGUCUAGGCAACUGUAUAAUAAAUGUACAUAGUGUGUAGAGCCGUAUACUUUUCUGAUAGCCCUGUAGAUGAAAGUACUUUAUCACAGUUCAAUGAAAUCCUCAGAUGUUUGUUUGCUCGAUUCCUUACCUUCUCCCCCCAUUCCAUUUGUAAAUUGCAUCUGUGAUUGUUAUUAUUGCAGCAUUAGACUAACAGAAGUAAAGUGACUUUUUUUGGACUUUUUUUCAGUCAUCCUGUCCAUCUGAAUAUUAAAAAUGCCCAAGUAUUAAACCAGACUAAUGAAUGCCAGGGCUGCAUUCUAGAAUUUGGGGUGCAGAUUCUGUGUGUGCCUUUGUUGUGGCAUAUUAAAGGCUGCUAUUUUAUUUACACACAAUUAUUCUGUUGCAGCCGGGUGGCUAAAAGCCAGCAAAAGCAAACUGAAAAAUGAGGGCACCAUAUGCUAAGAAUCUGUACAAAAAAAGAAAAAAGAAAAGGCAUGGGCAUCCAUGUGCAUCAAAGGAGCCACUCUGUUCUGCCACAUUUCCCAGGUUUUAUUUACACGUUUCCAUGAAAGAUACUUCAAAUGGACAAAAAACAUGCAAUUUUCUUGGCAGAUGCAAGGAAACAAAUGGUAUGAAAUCUCUGGCCAUCGCCUAGAUUCCCAUGCAGUCCUUCAUUCAAGGACCCUUACCAAUUUGAUUAAGCUUUUAAGUUCAAAAUUAUCCUGGUACUUGAGGAAGAGGCAACUAAUGUUCGGACUUCAAUACUGUAUAAUUUCAAGCUCUUAACCAUGCUUGUAUCUCUUUCUCUUCUGUAUUUUGCUUUUGUUGGCUAUAGAUACUUGGAUUCGUCCUUUAACACAAUGCAGAAUGAACUCUACCAGGUGUUUUCAUUUCGGGGACAUUACAUCCCAGAAAAAGCCAGUUUUCCCAUUGAUUGUGAUAGUCCACUUUGGUAGCUAAGAACCCUUAUUCUAACAGAAUAAAUGGCAUUUAAGAGGUUUCUUAGAGUUUGCCUCUGACUAGAAAGUAACAUUUUUCUAGUCUGUGUAAAAAUCAUCCUGCAAUGUCAGACUGUUAUCGGUUCUGAUGGUGCAAUGCUGGGCGUUUUUAAAAUAAGUUUAAAAGAUCCAAACGUGUCUCUUACUAAAUAUUUAUAGGCUGCAAUUUAUGACCACGAUCCAAACUACUCCAGUACUUUAAAAUGCUGGGUAUCAACUAUGCAUUACAUAUUCCUUAUUUUCUGCUGUUGAACAUUUAUUAGUAAUCUUAAGUUUCCUGCCAUACAAAUCAGCGUAUUUCCUUUUACAGUUGGAAUCUUAAUUUAGACAAGUUAUCUGUAUACUCCAAACCAUGUUCAUGGAGAUCAAAGGCUUCCCCUUUGUACAAGCAUUAUAUGGUUUUGCCCAUUUAACCAACACCACUUGUGUGAUCCAGGUUGCAGAAAUUUAUUAUCUUUUUUCCAACCUAGAACAGCAUUGUCUGUUCACUUUAGUGGACACAAUAGGCUCCAAUGAUGCUCUUUAACCAAGAUACAUUGAGCUCCUGUAAUGAAAAGACAAUACUUCCAUGAUGUUUUUCUGGAUUGGGGUAAGGAACACCUGCAUAUAUUGUUCUGAGGUUUCUAAGACACAAUCUCUACAUCCAGCAUGUUCAUUUGAAAUUUCAUAUGGAAAUCCUGUGAUCAAAGCAAGCUCC